AUGUCUGGCCGCGGCAAGGGAGGCAAGGUCAAGUCGAAGGCGAAGAGCCGCUCCUCGCGAGCCGGUCUCCAGUUCCCCGUCGGACGUAUCCACCGACUGCUGCGCAAGGGCAACUACGCCGAGCGAGUGGGAGCCGGUGCCCCGGUCUACCUGGCCGCCGUGCUGNUGGCCGGCAAUGCCGCCCGCGACAACAAGAAGACCCGCAUCAUCCCCCGUCACCUGCAGCUGGCCAUCCGCAACGACGAGGAGUUGAACAAGCUGCUCUCCGGCGUGACCAUUGCCCAGGGUGGUGUCCUCCCCAACAUCCAGGCGGUCCUUCUGCCCAAGAAGACCGAGAAGACUGCUUAA